AAAUCGUUCUAGCCUUCUAGGCUGAGAGCCUGAGAAUUUAGCAUCUGUGGAAUUCUAGGGUUUAAGGUUGUGGAACACCAGCGGGCCGAGGAACCGGAGAUGGCGAUGGUGAAAUGGUGCAGCACGGCGGCGAGACGGAUGAUGAUGGCCACCGAGCAACGGCUGGCAUUUUCCACGCUAUCGUCCUCAACUAGCAGCCCAUCGGCGAUUGUGGAGGCGCCGGUCCUGUGUGGUCGAGGGGACAAGAAGACAAAGAAAGGGAAGCGGUUUAAGGGAUCGUACGGAAACUCGAGGCCUAAGAAGGACAAGAAGAUUGAACGCAUCAAGGACAAAGUCGAGGUCCCCAGGUCCACCCCAUGGCCACUCCCUUUCAAACUCAUCUAAUUACAUGAAAUUAUCUUAAUAAUGAUAUGAUUAUAGAUUUCUAGCUGUUUACAUUUGUAUUCCCUGAACCCAGUGUUUGUGACAAGAAUAUGUUCAUUUGUUGUUCAUCUUGAAUGAAUCAGUUGUUAAUUUCACUUGAUUGAUAUUUAUAUGAUUUAUUUACUUUUC